ACCAGGAGGGUGGUCUCACUCUGUACCUAUCACCCAGGUUCUCGGGACCGGAAGUCAGGUGGGAGACUGGGCUCCCCGAAGCCAGAGCGACAGAGAGGCCAGAACUCCAAAGCCCCUGCAGCCCCGGCUGACAGGAAGCGCCAGCUGUCACCACAGUCCAAGAGCUCCAGCAAGGUCACGAGCGUGCCCGGCAAAGCCUCGGAUCCCGGCGCCGCCAGCACCAAAUCAGGGAAGGCCAGCACGCUGUCGCGGCGGGAGGAGCUGCUGAAACAGCUGAAGGCCGUGGAGGACGCUAUUGCGCGCAAGCGGGCCAAGAUCCCCGGGAAAGCAUAGACCGUGCCCCUGACCAGACUGGACGCAUUUUUAUACAUAGGGUAAGCGCAGCCAUUUUGGAUUUUGCAGUUAAUGUCUUAUUUUGGCUGUGAUUCUUUUUAAAAAGUAAAAAAGAAAAAAAAGUUUCUCAGCUGGAAAAGAAGCCACACCGGAGAUGACGACGACGCUGAGUCCCAGCCUCCCUCCCCAGAGCAGAAGUCCCGCAGGACAGACACAGACAGCGCUAGAGACCAGCACAGUUCUCAUGUAAAUUACAAGCCCCAGCCGCCAGCCCCGCCUUCUCUUCCUCCUCCACCGUCUUCUUCCCUGGCCCUGGUCAGGCCUGGACCUGUGGAGCCCCAGCUCUGCGUCCCUAGCCCGGGUCCAGGCAGCCAGUCUCCCUCCUGAGCUGAGAAACGGAACCUCGCAAACCACUGGUGGCACCUCCUCCUCCCCUGCCCCCGAUCCCCCGCCCCGGAUCAGAAAUAUAUCUAUAUUCUCCACUAAAGUCUCAUCAGGAAAUAUUUCCUGUCUUUUAUUUUAAGCAUCAAAUUGUUUUAGUUGAUUUAAACAGGAAAAAAUACAGAAAAGACCAAAAAAAGGCCAAGAGUAUUGUUGGGGUGUCUGUCUAAUGUGGAGGGUCUUUUUUGAGGGGUCUCCUAAAAUAAAAUAUUUUGAUAAGCA